AGUGCAGGUCUCCGCCGGCUCGCGCCCCCUCCCCGGGCGCCCCCGCCGCCCCCUCCCUCGGCGUGGCCCUCCCCGGCGGCCACCCAGGUCCCCCCCGCACUCCACCCCGCCCCCCGGAGUCGUUUUAUCAGGGGCGCCGCCGUCUCACCUGGUAUUUGCAUCUCGCCCUCCAACUUGCCAUUGGCGGCGCGACGUGUGGGAGAGCCCUGCGCCUCGCCCGCCCGGACCAGCCUGCCCCGGCGCCGAGGUCACUCCUGUGGUUGGCCCAGCCCAGCAUGCAGCCUUGAACCUGGCAUAAGGCCACCACCUACUCCAGCUCUCUACACCCCCUAUUUUACUGUGGCUCGGGGUGUAGGCUCUAAGCUCCAAGGUACCUGAACAGCAUCUCUUUGUCAAAAACACCCCCGCAGCUCCAGAGGGCCCUGCGAAUCCUUCUGUCAGCUCUCUGGGGAGACAGCAUGGCUAUUACCUUGCAGCCCAGUGACCUGAUCUUCGAGUUUGCAAGCAACGGGAUGGAUGAUAUCCACCAGCUGGAAGACCCCUCGGUGUUCCCAGCUGUGAUCGUGGAGCAGGUACCCUACCCCGAAUUACUGCAUCUGUACUCAGGACUGGAGCUGGACGACGUUCACAAUGGCAUCAUAACGGAUGGGACCUUGUGCAUGACACAGGAUCAGAUUCUGGAGGGCAGUAUUUUGCUUGCAGAUGACAAUGAAGCAACCUCACAAACCAUGUCAACCACUGAAGUCUUGCUCAAUGUCGAGUCUCCUAACGACAUCCUGGAUGAGAAGCAAAUCUUCAGCACCUCCGAAAUGCUUCCAGACUCAGACCCUGCUCCGGCUGCCACUCUGCCCAACUACCUGUUUCCUGUCUCUGAGCCUGAUGCCCUGAACCAGGCGGGUGACACUGAUGACCAGGAGGGGCAUUGUCUGGAGGAGAAGGUCCCCAGAGAGGAAAGUGCCAAGAAGACUGGAAAAUCAAAGAAGAGAAUCCGGAAGACAAAGGGCACCCGCAGUACCUCACCGGUCACUGACCCCAGCGUCCCCAUACGGAAGAAAUCGAAGGACGGCAAAGGCAGCACCAUCUACCUGUGGGAGUUCCUCCUCGCGCUUCUGCAGGAUAGGAACACCUGCCCGAAGUACAUCAAGUGGACCCAGCGAGAGAAGGGCAUCUUCAAGCUGGUGGACUCCAAAGCUGUGUCUAAGCUGUGGGGGAAGCAGAAAAACAAGCCCGACAUGAACUACGAGACGAUGGGGCGGGCCCUGAGAUAUUACUACCAAAGAGGCAUCCUGGCCAAAGUGGAAGGGCAGAGGCUGGUGUACCAGUUUAAGGAGAUGCCCAAGGACCUGGUGGUGAUUGAAGAUGAUGAGGAGAGAAGUGAAGUCUCGGCGGCCUCCCCUCAGGCCUCCACGCCCUCCACCUCCUCCACCAGCACCACCCGACGAGCCAGUUCCAGGGUCUCGGCCAGAGCUGCUCCCCAGGGCAAGGGAGGCCCUUCCUGGGAGAAGCCAAAGGUUCAGAACGUUGGCUUACAGCCAUCUGCGAAUCUGGAACUGGGACUGUCUAUAGAUGAGGACAUCCCUGCUACCUCCACCGUGCUGGCUCCCCCGCCAGAGAGCCAGGCCAAACUCACCAGAGCCGUGAGUACUUCUUCAGUGCCCAGCAACAUCCACCUGGGAGUGGCCCCCGUGGGGUCGGGCUCCGCCUUGACCCUGCAGACAAUCCCACUGACCACGGUGCUGACCAGCGGACCCCCUGCCAGUACGCCUGCUUCCACACAGCUCGUCCUCCAGAGUGUUCCACCUGCUUCGACCUUCAAGGACACCUUCACUUUGCAGGCCUCCUUCCCGCUGAGCACCAGUUUCCAAGAAAGUCAGGUGGCAGCACCGGGGGCCCCGCUGAUUCUCAGUGGCCUCCCCCAACUUCUGGCUGGGGCCAACCGUCCAAGCAACCCGGUGCCAUCCUCCGUCGCAGGGGCUGGACCGGCCGGGCCCAGCCCUCAGCCCCCCGGGACUGUCAUCGCUGCCUUCAUCAGGACUUCCGGUGCCACCGCAGCCUCUGGGGUCAAGGAGGGGCCGCUGAGGCCCUCCUCAUAUGUGCAGGGCAUGGUGACUGGGGCCCCCGUGGAGGGGCUGCUGGUUCCUGAAGAGACCCUGAGGGAGCUCCUGAGGGAUCGGGCUCACCUUCAGCCACUUCCAACCCAGGUGGUUUCAAGGGGUUCCCACAAUCCGAGCCUUCUGGGGAACCAGACUUUCUCUUCUCCCAGCCGCCCCACUGUUGGGCUGACCCCAGUGGCUGAACUUGAGCUCUCCUCAGGCUCAGGGUCCCUGUUUAUGGCUGAGCCUAGUGUGACCACCUCUGGGAGCCUGCUGACCAGAUCCCCAACCCCAGCCUCCUUCUCCCCAUUCAACCCCACUUCGCUUAUUAAGAUGGAGCCCCAUGACAUAUAAAUGAAGGGGCCGGGGGAAGUGUGCCUCACCAGGCCAAGUUGAGCGGCAUUUUUAUACGGACUUCCUAUAGCAGAGACUGACUGAAGCAGGACUCCUGCCCUUAACUUUUCGGUGGGAUCUCAGUACACCAGAUCCCCUGUCCCCGACCCCUGCCGGUGUCACCUUGGCCAAGCCAUGCCCAGUUUGAGCAUCCCUGGCGUCAGACCAUGGCCUUCAAGAGCACUAGGGGAUAUGCUCUUGUCAGGGUAAUGGGCUGACUGGGUGAUGGAGGAAGAACCUCCUGAGAAGUCUGUGGCCAGGGCCGAUGCAGGGGCCCCGUGGGGAGAGUCCUUUCGUGGGGCUUUUCACCGUCUGUGUUCCCUCCACGGGGAAUUUCCUAUCCCAUAUGUGAAUAUCUCUGUAUGUAUUUGUGUGUACUCGUGGGUCUGUAUCUCUGUUUCUUUGGGGAGGAUGGGGGUGGAGCUGUGAGGUCUUCAAGGGUGUGUGUCUCUGUGGGUCAGCUGCAGAGAUGGGGGUUUUUUUUUAAGGGAAGCAUUCUCUAAUUCCCUUCGGACAAACCAUUCAGUUGCCCUGAGGCUAUGGGGUACAGGCGGAAUCCCCCAAAUUGGGAGAGAUGUCACAGAGCUGGAGCAGAUCCUGGGUAGGAGAAUUUCGAUGGGUGGGUGUGCUGGGGAAGACGGGAGUUCAAAGGGACAGGGUCGGACCCAGAUACGAAGUCCCCACACAGGGCUGGAUUAACUGAAUGUUUGUGCCGAGAGCCUGGGCUGUAAUAUACCAGCCUUCACUGGCACACUGGCCUAUCCAACCCUCCCCCCCGAUCCGGGGAUCCCUCUUGAUUAGUGUCGCCCCAGUAUCUCCCUGCUGUCCGGUGUGGCUGGGGUAGCCGUGUAGCCGUGGACACUGGGGCUGCCUCCCUUCCGUGCCCGCUGCUCAGCCUGCCUUCUACUCACCUUGUAGGUUUGCCACCACCAUCCCCCCCCCCGCAGGAUGGCUACCGCAGACCUCGAGUGGACCGUUGGCUCUCAUCUCCAAGUCGCGCACCUAGCCCUGACUCCCACAGCAAGAAGACAGGAGCCAGUGGAUGUGAGCCCCCACCCCCGACACUUCUGUCCCAACAGGGUUCCCUGCUUCUGUCUUUCCUCUUUCUGAGGACGUUUCAACCCAUCCUCUCCUAAGUGAACCCCUCGGCUUCACUCCUCCUUCCCCUUCUUUGAAUUAGCUUGCCUCUCUCCAGCCAAAUUUGGGGGCAAGGCUAAGAGCUAAGACAUGUCAGCCUCAGAAUCGAUUCUAAUAUCUGGUGAAUUUGGUUAAUGUGAAUCAGUGCCCCAGGCCCUUGGCUAUGUCCUCAGUAGAAAACCAUCCACUUGACCUAACUACCUCCCCAGGUUGUUCUCUCUCUCCUUCUGGUCACUGCCAAGCCUCCUGUGUUCUCUCCCACUCUCUUCCUGUUCUUCCCUCUUCUCUCCCUGGAAAGGAACCAUUUAUGGAUGUGCAGGUGUAUUUAUUACACGUCUCCAGCACUUGGCAUUAAAAUGCCUUUUUCUAAUCCAUUUAUUAUGACAAAUUCCUGAUGGUGGAAAGUGAAACAUCCCGCGAAAGUCACCUAAAAAAAAAUUUUUUUUGCACAAAGGCGCUGCAUGAGUUUGGGGUGCCCUACCCCCCCAACGAAUUUCACAGAACCCAUGAUCUGAAGGUCACUGAUACCCUUACCGUGACAUCACAUGUUGUCCUCACAGUUCUCAGUCCCCGUGAGUCCUGGCAGCUCGUGACACUACUUCCCACCCCCUUGGGCAGUGGCCGCACGCCGGAGUGCUGAGUGUGGGCCCCCCCCCCCCCCGGCUCUCGUCUGUUCUCCUGGCUCUGGCUCGGCUCUUUGGGGACGGCUCUGAAGUCAAGAGCCGCAGCUCCUGCUUACAUUUCUAGCAGCCGGCUGGACGUUUCCAUCCAGACGCCUGUCCUGCCUCAAAGACAGCCCCUCUGUCAAACAUGGAUUUAAAACAAAUGAAUUUUAAAGUCUUUACACACACACACACACACACACACACACACACACACACACACACACACACACACACACACAAAACCUUUCCCCUCAAAAAACAAACAAAAAGCUGUCAUGACUUGCCUAUUUCUAUUCAUUGUACCAACAUUUUCCUGACCUUUGAAGCUUGACAGUUCAGAGCCAUCUGAUGGUUGCCUUCGUUUGACCCCGUCCCCUCCCCUAUCUCCUGAAGUCCAGGCCAUUUGGCACAUCUCUGAAAUCUCCCCUUUCUUCCACAUUUCCGGAGCCUCCAGCCUAGCUCAGACUUACCCAGAGCUCACCCCCUCCCAGGCACAUCAACACGCACCACGGUGUGACCUGUCUCAUCCCCUCCGAUCUGCCAGGGCACCCAUUCUGUUCUUUCUCUGCUAAAAAGCCUUUGGUGGCUCCUCAUUGCCUCUAGGUAAGGGUGAUACUCAAAAUACUGAGCCUCCCUGUUGUAGGCAGCUGGGCAUUAACCCUGUAUUUGCUGAAUCUUGAGGCCGGCCAGGGGUCCUGGAGGAGGGAGGAGGGAGCACUUGCAGGCUCAGGGCUGUAAUUCCAAAAGUGAGGUCCCAAGUCGUUGACCUGGCAAGGCCCUUCCCCAUGAGGUCCCAGCUGACUUCCCUGGUCAUCUCUCACUUGGUUUCCCUGACUCCCAAAAUACUGCUCCAGUAAGAGUUAGGGAUUUGCUGGCCUUUGAGCUUGCCUCUGUUUGGUUUCCCACCUCUGUGGUUUUGUUUUACUUGGUUCUGCUCAACCAGAAUGCUCCGCGAAUCCUUUAAGACUCGAUUUGUGGAAGCUGCUUCCCCACACCAGCCUACCCUUACAUGAGUUCUUCAUUUUACAUUCAUAGCAAUUGCCGCUCUUUGGGCAACUGAUCGCGAACAGCCUGUGACAUCUCCUCUGUUAUAAUCACAAACUGUUACUUAAAUCUUCAAUGACCUGGACCUAUUUUGUCUCCCCAGUUAGUGUGUUACCUUCUGAGGGGCCGGGGGGCGCGUAGCACCCACAGAGCAGGGCACACUACAAAGCAUCUAGUGAGCACCAGCGAAUAUUGCCGAUUAAGCUGGUGAGAGAUGGGGACCAAAGUCUGAGGCUGGUGACCUCUGACCUCCCCCCUGCACAGGCACUCACCCCAGGUGCUCCACUACCCAGGGCCAGCCCUCCCUGGCUCAGUGCCCUCAUGGUACCCCCACUCCCACCCCCCAGCCUUGCACCCGAGAGUUGUUACUACUUUGAACAUCCCCUGCCCCUAAAGAAACUUCCCUGUCCAGUUUCUUUCCUAAUUCAAAGUGUUAAAUUAGCUAAUCUGGUUAACUAACCUGUGCUGAUCUAGUUACGGGAGAGGGCUGGAGGCGACCCUCAGGAGACAGGUUCAUUUUGACCAGAGUCCUGUGGCAGCACCAUCCUGGCCUCUGCGAUGGUGUAAUGGAGUCAGGAGACGGCUCCUCACCCCCCCAGCAGCCCAUGUAGUACAGCUUCCUCUGGGCCCCACGGCACUUUGCGUAUACCUCUUAUUGUAGCACUUAGCACAUGGUAGCUCCUUAGCUGUGUGUUCAUGUAUGUUGCCCCUCCAAUAGACUGUGAGCUCCUCAAGGACAGGGACUGUGUGUUAGUCACUGAUGUAUCCCCAGCGCCUAGCACAGUGCCUGGCACACAGUAGGUGCUCAAUAAAUGU